GAAUACGGCGGGGGGUAUGAUAAGACGCACCGUUCUAUCUCCACAUUUACGUCAAAUCGUUGAGAACAGAGUUUGUUCAAGGAAUGCCACGAACGUUAGAAUGAGUGACGUUGUUAAAAAGGUUCUGAGAUACAACCCAGUAAGUUGGAUGUACAGAUACCUCAGUCCUGGUCCAAUACCCAAACCUGUAUCUGAAAGAGAGAAGAGACUGUUGAGGGGCUCUAGAUUCAGAUCAUUUUUUGUCAUGCCUGCCUUCUUCAGUUCCUUCGGAGUGUUAUUUUACUACGAAUGGAAAGACAGACAGGAGCUACUAGAAAUCAAAGAAAUCACGUACGACCGGCGUAAGCAGAUGUCUGUAGACCGAUACAACGCAGCUACAGGUCAAACUAAAUGGGACAAGAACAAGUACGCUAAAUGUACCGAGGGAGAUCAGGCUAGGGCCGGGCAGGAAGCUGCAGGGAUAACUGUGGAAGAUAACAUUGCUGUUCAAGUUAGUGGUGAAGUAAAGGAAGUAAGGAAGAAGAAGAAGAAGAUGAAAUCUGUGAAGGAACUGUAUGAGGCUGGUGAUAAUGAUCAGCCUCCAACUCUGAUCGGGCAAAUAAGGGGCACGUAACAUUGAACCUGAUCAGCUAGGAUGCGUUUAGGUUUAACUUGAGUCUUUGAUAGCUGAUGACGGAAUGGUACACACAUUUCAGUGUUUCGCGAGGUGUUCUAGCCACUGAUACCAUAAUCUCACCCCAUACAUAACUGAUACUGAGUCUAGCCAUUGGUUGAAAGUGUGAUAUGAACCCACCUACUGACACUGUGAAACCCGAAACUAAUCUCCCGUACGUGUUAUUCCGCACCAGAAGUCCUACUUCCCGUACACUCGCUGUUAUUUGAUAUGCAUUUACCUCAACUAACUUCGGCCCACAUACAUGAUAUUAUUUUGUAUUCACAGUGUUUGUGACCUGCGUUUGAAUAUCGAUUCUCCUUAUCAUGCUGAACAGGUUUUUGCUCAACCGCGUUUAUCACGUACGCUUUGUACACUGUCACUUGUUAUAUUGUUUAUAUUACAACCCACACAAUUAUCUCGCAGCUCCUGUGGCAGUGUUUUAGUGUUGACGUGAUUAUGAAAUGUAUAUUUUGUUUUAUAGUUAACUUAUUUGCUUUGAAUCUUGUUAAGUUAUUGAAAUUUUGUACUGAAUAUGGUAUAAAUUUAUAAUUUUACUUUCCGCUUAGUC